AUGAAUGAGUUGUUGGCCAUCAUCAUCAUCGUAUUCGUAUGUUGUGCAAUCUUCUGCGCCUGGCUUUUGUCCAUGGCCACAUGUCCAGACAAAAUGGUUGAUUGGCUAAAUGGGACGUCAAGGUAAGGUACCCACCGAUUAUCGAUUACUUCGAUUUAGUAAUUCGACCUGCUCUACCUCAUAUGAAAGUAAGGAACUUAUCAAUAAGAGCGAAGACAGUGGCCAAGAUAACACGGCCGCCCGAUGUUCUGCUGAAACAUCGUCUUUCUAUUUACAAUUGGGUCAGAAUAAGAUGAACCCAAAGAAACUAAGUGUUGUCCCAGAACAGGAUGAACAAGUAAGAUGGCUCCCUUCAUUGACAAAACUCAAAAGCAUUCAAAAAUUAAUCACAAUAUCUUCAGCUUACCGUGACCUCUAUAUCCCAGAUUCUGUACCCGUCCAUUCAUAAAGCCGAGGACACCAUAAAGACAGAUGUGCAAACCUGCUUUAAUCCCGAUGAACCCGAGUGCGUAGUUAUCCAAGGAGGAUCUUCCAAUGCCCCAGGCAUCUCCGACUUGCCAGUGCGCUAUCAUUACAGCGCCCCAGCCAUUCACGUGGCUUAA